UGACGUCAUCAUCGCGCGCCCUUAUCUCAGACAACGCUCAGUCAUGUUUAUCGUUUAAUUCAGUGGGCAGUGGCUUUUGUUUUAUCGACGGCGUGCUUUUGAACCGCUUAUAUUUAUGAACCUUGAAAUUCAUUGGCAGUAAACACCUUCUUAUUUCAACAUGGAGCCUGGAGAGGCUAACGAGGAGAAGUCAGCGUCUCUGUCAGCGGCGCAGAGGAGAGCAGAGAUCCGGAGGAGAAAGCUGCUGAUGAAUUCAGAGGACCGUAUGAACAGGAUAGUGGGCUUCACCAAAAACGAGCCUGAAAAUAACGCUGCAACGUCUCGGCGUCCCACAGAACCCCGUUUCCACCUGGAUCUCGACAGGACAGAGCCCUGGUCCUCAUCCUCAUCCUCCCCGAAACCAUCUCCCUUCCUGCCAGAAGUUUCAGGGGCCGGCAGCCGUUCCCACAGCGCCACUCCAGAGAGAAGGGGCUCCCCCCUGCUGGGCUGCGGCGAGCCGCACAUGAGCUCCUUGGAAGACGACAUUGGCGGGCUCCGACAGAGACCAAGGGGGGAGCGGGCAUCAGACGACCUCAGCAACUCCCCUCGUCGAGGCCUUCAAAAGUACCUGUCUCGUUUUGAUGAUGCUAUGAAACUGAGGGGUCAGUUGGCCAAUGAGAAGCCGACCCAGGAUGGGGGGUCUGACUCUGAGGAGUUUGAUCCUUUCAGAGUCUUCAGGCUCGUUGGCAGCAUCCUCCUUGCCGUUUUUGUCAGAGUUUUUGUCUGCAAGUAUCUGUCAAUAUUUGCUCCAUUCCUGACCCUUGAACUGGCCUACAUGGGGUUAUCCAAAUACUUUCCAAAGGUGGAGAAGAAGGCUCAGACCACAGUGCUGACCGCUGCCCUGCUGCUGUCUGGCAUCCCUGCUGAGGUCAUAAACCGCUCCAUGGACACCUACAGGAGGAUGGGAGACGUCUUUGCUGACCUCUGCGUUUACUUCUUCACCUUUAUACUAUCACAUGAGAUCCUGCUUCUCAUCGGCUCAGAGACUCCCUGAUAGACCAGAAGGACCUCAAAAGCUCGGCCUCCUCUUAAUUUUCUAUCCCUCCCUUUGUCUCCUGCAGCAACAAGGCAUGGUCAUUCACGUUGGCUGAUGUGUGCUUGUUGUCGACCGUCUGAAUCCUUUCUGCCUUCUGAUCAGAGCUGUGGGUCGAGUGCUCUUUAAUCCUGAUUCUGAUGAGGCCACAUUAAGUGUGGUUGUGAACAGAGAAUCCAGUUUGUUACAGAUUUCAAGUUCAUUUUUGUCAGACUGACCAAAACAGGCAUAUUUGUGUUUGUGCAACAAAUGUGUUAUUUCUCAUGUUAGGGGCUAUUUAUUUGUCACAUUUAGCAUAGAAAAUAACAAGUGUCGCAUACAAGAGUGGGCAACAGUACAUUUCUCACCCCUUCUAAAUAGAUAAGCAACUGACAGAGAAAAUCUAUCAGGACAUGAUGAAAACAAGUUAGUGCAGUUAGUCACAAGCUAAUAUUAGCAUCCUAGAAAUGCCUGCUAGUAGUAUUUUAUAUUCUUAGUGGGUUUUAAUUCAUGAUUCAAAUGACAGAUAUGUUACUAAUUCUUUAACAGUUUACUUAAAUUUUUCUGUUUUAUUCUGUAACACUAUUAGUUUGUAAUGUUAGCUAUGAAUGGUUGGAUGCUAAUGUUAGCUGUAAUCUAACAGCGUCUAAUAAAUAAAUAAGUUGUUUAAUUUAAAAUGUAA